AUGACGACACUCGGAGCCAGCGGACCUCCGACUGUCGGCCACUUGAUUCAGCGCCUAGCUCUCGAUCACCGACAGCCUCACGAGACUGCCUUUGAUGCCACACGAGAGUACGUCAAUAAUAUCGUCAUUCUUUUCUGGCAACCGCCCUCCAUUUUUUCGCAAUGGACACCUUCGACAUUUUCGGUCGAUGGAGUGGAAUACUCCUGUGCCGAACAAUUCUUCGCAGCAUCCAAGGCACGACACUUCGGUGACAAAGAUAUGCUUCACAACAUCAUGCUUUCUUCAGACCCAGCAAUGCACAAGCUCUACGGACGACAAGUGCGUGGCUUCACGCAACAGGCAUGGGAAAAGGUGAAAGCAUACAUCGUGCUUGUGGGCACUUUGGAGAAAUUCUCCCACAAUCCUGCCAUGCGUCAAUAUCUUCUCAAGACAGGCAACAGCAUUUUAGCCGAAGCCAGCCCUUUCGACAAUACAAGGGGCAUCGGCAUGAGAGCCGAUCACCCCGAGGCCGCCAACCCCUCCAACUGGACAGGCAAAAAUUUACUUGGUAAGGCACUUCAAUCGGUUAGAGACUUGCUUCGCUCCUCUGCAUCACUCCCGAUGCCGCCACUGGAACAACCCACCGACUCAGCACUCGACAAUAACGGCAUUCACGAGAUCAACACCGACACUCAGCAACCCAUCCAUCCACCUUUAGAGUCACGUCCACAGCCAACCGACAUCAACGCUCUUUGGCCCUCUGACGCGCCUUCCGACUACGACGACGACAUUCUCCACAUUGCGGACGCCAAUUUCCACGUCGACAAUCACCCCAAACUACUUGCGGAACACGGACCAUGUCUCGUCGACGGUUUAAUCCAACACUCCACUUCUCCGUACUGCAGCCCCAUCGUCUUCAUUCCAAAAAAAUCUGGAGGGCUUCGCAUCACCGUCAACUACCAGAAACUCAACCGCAUCAGCAGCUUCAGUCAACUACCUGUUCCUCGUGUCGAUGAGAUCAUGAACAAACUGCACCAGGGCUCCAUCUUCUCGCUCUUCGACUUCACGGGCUCCUUCCACCAAUGGCUCAAAAUGCCAAUGGGUGCCAGCCAAUCUUCAGGCUGGUGGAUGAAGGUCAUCAAUGAGGUAAUAAAAAACCUCGAAGGCGUCGACGCAUAUCUCAACGAUGUGGUGCUCUACGACAAGACACCGGCGGAUCAUAUCCUCACCAUGCGCGCCCUCCUACAACGGCUGCGCAAGCACAAGCUCAAGCUUUCACCGCCUAAGGCCACCAUUGGCACGACAAACUCUGCAUUCUUGGGACACACCAUUACUCCCGACAGUAUCAGGCCCAACGCCAACAAAGUAGCCGCGCUCGCGGCUAUGCCAAUGCCAACCGACCUCAAGAAACUUCACUCUCUUCUCGGUGGUCUGAGCUACUACCGCAGCUUCGUCAAAAACUUGUCUAAACGAGUACGCCCCGUCACGACACUCAAGAAAAACUCGUUCUUCACCUUUACCUCCGACAUGGAAGCCAUCGUCCGAGAGAUCCUCAAAGAACUCUUCGAGCCGCCAAUUCUCGUCUUCCCCGACUGGAAAGCCAUCGAAGACGGCACCAGACCUCUCCGCCUCCACUGCGACGCCAGCCUCGAUGAUCUGGGAGCGACACUAAAACAAGAACAGGCGGAUGGCUCUGUUCGCCCCAUCGUCUUCAUCAGCAGAUCGACACUUGACGCUGAGCGUAACUGGACACCACUCGACUUGGAAGCUGGCGCCAUCGUUUGGGCCAUUAAACGCUUGCGUAGAUACUUGCGCGGCACACACUUCCAAAUUUGGACCGACAAUCAAGCUCUGGAGAACAUCUCCAAGGUGGGAGACCACAGCCCACGCGUGCAGCGUUGGCUUGAGUCCCUCACAGCGUAUCAAUACACGCUGAAACACCGCCCAGGCUCCUCCAACAGCAACGCCGACAUGCUGUCUAGACUGCCCAUACCCCCCAGUACACAGGACAUCACAGGAUAUAGCCGCAUCACCAUGCCAGAUGAUGUGGGUGUCUACAUGAUUCGCGCCACCGGCAACAUUCCUUCUGGUCCUUCUCCACAGGGUAUUACUUUGGGUGGGCUAGUACCCAACAAUGGCAGCGACACUUUGAGUGGCUCCCCACUGACGUCGGCGGAUUUCCAGGAUUUUUCGCCGGCGCGGGCUCUGAAUGAGCAUUGA